CAAUUGCGAUUCACUGAAUUAGUCCCCUUGAGCCAGUGUCAGAGGGACUAGAUAAAACAGGAAGUAGCUUGUGUGAGUAAAGUCUAUAUAGAAAACACACCAGAGAGUUUUAAAACAUUUGAUAAUUCUUCUCUUUUAUAUAUUUGUUGCGUCUUCACUCUCUAUGUCAAAGAAAUACAUUCCCUCUGGAUAAAAUGGGAAAUUUAAUAUAAAAACAUUGGCAAUGGAAAGCAAAUUUAUCAAAUGAGAGGAAAUAUUUUCAUAAAUGUUGGGCUCCCUGGAAUACAACAAUGACAGUCGCUAAUACUUUUCAUAUUCCAGAUAUUCAGACUGUUAGUGAGCCUUUCUGAAAAUCCAAGAUCUGGCAGGAGAAAACCAAAAAAAGCAACCGAAGAAUGAGAAACCAUACAGAAGUAACAGAAUUUAUCCUCCUGGGACUUUCAGAUGACCCAAAGCUUCAGGUGAUGAUCUUUGUCUUUCUGCUCAUCACCUACAUGCUCAGCAUCACUGGAAACCUGACCAUUAUAACCCUUACCCUGCUGGAUUCCCAUCUCCAGUCCCCCAUGUAUUUCUUCCUCAGAAAUUUCUCCUUAUUAGAGGUUUCAUUCACAACUGUCAGUAUACCUAAGUUCUUGGGCACCAUUAUUUCAGGUGAUAAAACCAUUUCCUUUAAUGAUUGCAUUGCUCAGUUAUUUUUUUUCAUUCUCUUGGGAGUCACUGAAUUUUACCUUCUGGCUGCCAUGUCCUAUGAUCGUUAUAUUGCCAUCUGCAAACCUCUGCAUUACAUGACCAUCAUGAACCGAAGAAUCUGUAUACUCCUUGUCUUCUCUUCAUGGCUAGUUUCAUUCUUAAUCAUAUUCCCUGCACUCAUGUUGCUCUUGAACCUGGAUUACUGCAGAUCAAAUAUUAUAGAUCAUUUUACCUGUGAUUAUUUUCCCCUGCUGCAACUUUCUUGUUCAGAAACAAAAUUCCUAGAGAUGAUGGGGUUCUCCUGUGCUGUGUUUACUCUGAUGUUCACUUUGGCAUUGAUAUUUCUGUCUUAUCUCUAUAUCAUCAGAACGAUUUUAAGAAUUCCUUCUACUAGUCAGAGGACAAAGGCCUUUUCUACAUGUUCAUCUCAUAUGAUUGUCAUCUCCAUCUCUUAUGGCAGUUGCAUUUUCAUGUAUAUUAAACCUUCAGCAAGAGAUAGGGUGUCCUUGAGCAAGGGAGUUGCUGUGCUGAACACCUCUGUAGCACCCAUGUUGAACCCCUUUAUUUACAGCUUAAGGAAUCAGCAAGUCAAGAAAGCUUUCAUGAACAUGUUGCGGGGGACUAUUUUUUACAAGCAAAGUAAAUAAUGUGGCAUAAUGAAUUAGAGACACAAUGCAGGAAAAUUCAAAAAUAUAAACAUGAAAUUUUAGUACCUUCUCCAAAUCACAAUAAACUCCCUGUCAUUUCUGUUUAUUCUCUUUGUUUUUUCUGUUUGUUUUAUAUACUUACCAUAUAAUUUAAAUUACUUUCCUUAUGUCUUUCUGACUCUCAUUCUUCUGAACUCAUCACAUUUUUUUAAUUUAAUUUUUUAUUUAUAUAUAGUUGGUAUAAAUCUUCUAUUGAUCAUGUUAAUUUCAGGUGUACAAUAACACAGCUUCUUAAACAAUAAUGUUUAAAAGUGAAAUUACAUGUUGAGCUUUGUUUAGGAAAAAAAUAACCACCAGGAUCCCACCCAGCCUCUUUGGUUCUCAGCAGCUUUCAGGCAUCCAGGGUAUGUUAGUUCCCAUCAGGGCCCUAAGAUCAUCCAGGGGUAUCCAAACCUUUGGCAUGUCUGCACCACACUGGAAGAAGAAGAGCUGUCUUGGGUCACACAUUAAGUACAUUGUGACAUGUAGUCACAAAAAGAUCUCAUAAUGUUUUAUGUAAAUUUAUGAUUUUGCGUUGGGCCACAUUCACAGCCAUCCUGGGCUGCAUGCAGCCCAUGGGUAACAGGUCGGACACCCUGGCAGACACUGGCACUUGGACAGCCCCUGGAAAGGCCAAAUGUUGUACACCUGUUCACUCUUCUCCUUUCUUCCUGAGGGAGGAGCCACUGAGCACUAUU